UUUUGUAGCGCCUUGGUUGACAUUGUUGUUGUGGGAGUAAGAAUGUACUUUGUCGUCAAGUCAAUAUAGAUGUAAAAUUCAACAAUAACUUUUGGAUUGAUGCAAAGGAGGGCAACAAGUUACUGACAACAGGUACGCUGCUGUGAUAACAUAAGUAUAAACUGGAAUGGGACGGUGAAUAAGACAUUCUACGAGGCCGCUUAGCUCAAGCCAAGGUGUGGCAGUGCUAGCACUGGCGUCGUACGGGAGAGCCGCUCCCCCGUCUUUCUCUUGCUGCCCUGAUGCCCCCCUGUCACACUGCCGCUUCAUGAUCACAUGACCUUGGACAUGGACGCAGUCCUCUCCGACUUUGUCCGCUCCACGGGAGCCGAGCCCGGGCUGGCCAGAGACCUGCUGGAGGGUAAGAACUGGGACCUGACUGCAGCUCUGAGCGAUUUCGAGCAGCUGAGGCAAGUGAAUGCUGGGAGCCUGUCCUACACGUUUGCCGAGGAGCGCAAGCGGGCCAUUGUGGAGAGGGAUCUGGGGCGUGGAGGCCGGCCGCUCCUGCACCGUCAGGACGAGGUGGUGCAAGCCACAGAGAAACGCUUGUCGCGGGGCAUCUCUCACGCCAGCUCCACCAUCGUGUCGCUGGCCCGCUCCCAUGUGUCCAGCACGGGUACCGGCAGCAACGAGUCGCUCCUGGAAACGCCCCUCUGCACCUUCCAGCUGCCCGACCUCACUGUCUACCGCGAGGACUUCCGCAGCUUCAUCGAGAGAGACCUCAUCGAGCAGUCCAUGCUGGUGGCCCUGGAACACGCUGGCCGGCUGAACUGGUGGACAAAGUUGGGGCCCGGCUGUCAGAGCCUGUUACCCCUGGCUACGAGCGGAGAUGGAAAUUGUCUGCUGCAUGCUGCGUCUCUAGGUAUGUGGGGUUUCCAUGACCGAGACUUGAUGCUGCGGAAGUCUUUGUACGCGCUGAUGGACCACGGCCAGGAGAGGGAGGCACUGAGGCGCCGCUGGAGGUGGCAGCAGACCAUGCAGAACAAAGAGUCUGGGUUGGUGUACACUGAAGAGGAGUGGCAGAAGGAGUGGAACGAGCUGUUGAAGCUGGCCUCUAGCGAGCCCCGGAUACACUACACUGGCAAUGGCAACAACGGGGUAGAGUCACAGGAGGAGCCUGUGUAUGAGAGUUUAGAGGAAUUCCAUGUGUUUGUGCUAGCUCAUGUGCUCCGCAGACCUAUAGUGGUGGUUGCCGACACAAUGCUGAGAGAUUCCGGAGGAGAAGCUUUUGCCCCGAUCCCAUUUGGUGGGAUUUAUCUCCCCCUGGAGGUCCCAGCUAGCAAGUGUCAUCGCUCACCACUGGUGCUGGCCUAUGACCAAGCCCACUUCUCUGCCCUGGUUUCUAUGGAACAGAAGGAUGGCUCCAAAGAGCAAGUGGUGAUUCCUCUGACUGACUCGGAUCACAAGAUGCUGCCUGUGCACUUUGCUGUGGACCCAGGCAAGGACUGGGAGUGGGGCAAAGACGACGCUGACAACAUGAUGCUAGCCAGUGUUACUUUGUCUCUGGAGGCAAAACUCCACCUACUGCACACCUACAUGACUGUGACAUGGCUCCCUCUACCUUGUGAAGUACAGCAGGCCCCACUGGCCCAGCCCGAGUCUCCGACCGCCUCAGCUGGGGAGGACGCACGCACGCCUCCAGACUCAGGCGAAUCUGACAAGGAGUCAGUGAGCAGCAGCUCAAAUGGCAACGGGGACAGCAGCAUGAUGGGCACCAGCGGGACUGCAGGCAAGUCUGCUGGGGGCUCCUCAAGCUCCUCUAGCUCGUCGAGCAACGGCUCCGCCACGGCAACGGGCGCAGUGGGCAAGGAGAAGAGCAAGAAGGACAAGGAGAAGGAGAAGAAGCGGGUGGACUCUGUGGCCAACAAGCUGGGCAGCUUCGGCAAGAGCCUGGGCAGCAAGCUGAAGAAGAACGUGGGCGGCUUAAUGACCAGCAAAGCAGCGGCGGGCGGUGGAGGCGGAGCCAAGCCAGAAGGCGUCGAGAAGAAGAAGGGCUCACUGCGUGGCCGCAAGGACAGCAAGGACGGCUUGGCCUCAGCGCAGGCAGGGUCCGAGGACUCGGGUAAGGGCUCGCCCUCGUCCGGCAGCGAGAGGCAGAACGGGAGCAGCUCGUCGGAGAGUGACCCAUUCAAGUACAGCUCGGACGUGAAGGUGAGCCUGGGCAUCCUGCGUGCAGCCAUGCAGGGCGAGAGGCGCUACAUUUUCGCUGGGCUCCUGACCACCAGUGCCCGGCAGCCCUACCAGGAGGAGAUGAUCCACCGUUACCUGGCCGACGCAGAGGAGCGCUUCCGGGUCGAGCAGGAGCAGAAGAGGGAGGCUGAGCGAAAGUCCGCAACACCUGUUGGGGCAACCAACGGGGUGCAGCUGAAGAAAGAGCCAUCGGAUUUGGGGUACCGGAGCUUUGAGAGCAAGGAGGAUGCAGUGGAUGUUGCCCCGUCCACUUUCACCACUCUCAAGUCAGCCUCGUUCAGUCCGUCAGGGUACUCGGGCGUGGUGCCCAUCCCUAGACCUAGCUUCAUCGACCAGGCACCCUCUUCUCUCCCCCAGCACCUGCAUAUGCACAGCUACGUGGACGCCCGACGGCAGCUGGCGGGUGGCUCGCCAUCGCCCUACCCUGGUCUGCCGUCCUAUGCCACCCUGCCCCGCCACUGCCCCCUUGCGCAAGGUCAUCCCCACCCCCAGUACCACCCACCGCCCUCCGCCUCAACGGUCAGUCCAUCCCACGCCGUACCCUGCUUCUCCUCUUACGCCCAGGAGCACGAGCUGCCCAGUUUCCCGGGCGAGGGCUACAUUAACGGUCUACGAGACCCACGCUCUGUGUUGGACGGUCGUGGCGGACCGCUCCCCAUGAGGCACUAUUCCCUAGGUAGUGCUGGCGGCCUGGCCAGUCUGCAGUCGAGCCGGUGCCGAACGCCCAGCUGCAACUACUAUGGACACCCGGAAACCUGUAACUACUGCUCGUACUGCUACCGAGAGGAGCUGAAGAGGAGGGAAACGGAGCCAGCCAUCCACCGCUUCUGAGCGCCUCAUCACCCCCGGCCUCCCGAAGGAUUCCGCAGCUCCCUUUUAUGCAUGUGGGCCUCAGGGCAUCCUGUCGCGAGGGCUCUCGCUUCAGACGUUGGAUAGCUCUUCCUUUGUGAGCUCACAGGGUCUCAGUGCAGGGAUGGCAGAAACCAGGUGUCCGUACCUCUGAUGCAUUCACCAUGGAUUUUUGGCAGGAGCUCGACGCGGCCGAUGCCGGCCUGUCCUUUCGCGCUUCGUCGCUGCCGUGCGUGCUUCCGGUUCGUUCUGAGUAUGUAGGAGGUGAUCUAUUUUGGGGCACGAGCGUGCUGCUGUGCAUUAGCAUACUUAAAUGCACAGAAUACAUACGCCCUUUGUGUCAACACCAAGCACAAACAAAAAAUGCAGACAUGUACAGCGGCUUUGUCAGAGAGGAAUAAAUAAGGUUUCAGCUUAAUGAGGAGUUAACCGAGUUUUUGCCAUAACAUGUUAGACAUCAGCACAUAACACCACUAGCCAGCACUGACGGACUUUACCCUGUUGGGUUGCUUAGAGUUCUUUACCCAGAUGACGCGAUGCUUUAGCCCUAACCCAGUUUCUCAAGCCAUGGCCUGACUUGUUUAAAUCAGGCUAGCAGGAAUUUUACGACUCUGGGCACUUUUGCUCCAAAACAUGCUCUGUGUUUUUGUUUUUGUUUUUUUUAAGUCCUAAGGAGCAAAAACCUUGACAGCCAAAGGUUUUACUGUAUGGCAAGUCACUAUAGUGGAUGCAGUUGUUAAUAUGUCAUUAUGUGAAGUCUUGCAGUGUUGAUUUUUUUAAAUAAAGAGCAGAACUAGUGGAUACUACCUUAAGUUGAACCCAAAGUUAGCUAAACCAUUAAGCCAGCUACAUUUAAAUAGUUUACAUACUUUGCCCUGGUGGACAUUUCACCUGUCUUAAGAUAUUUCCCUGAUGAAAAUAUUCAUUUAUAAAUGAAGACAGUACUACUCUAGUGCUAAAAUGUUUAUCCUGCAGUAAAUAUUUUGCUCAAGUCCUUGCAAUACAUACUGUAACACAAUGAUAUUUAUCCUAGUCAGCAAAGUUCUCAAAGUUUUGAUCAGAGGUCCUUCAAAAUUUCUUUUUUUCCCCUCCCUCUAGGCAAUAAUGUCCUAUAUAGCAAAUUCAUACCCUUAUUGUGAAGGUCCCAGGUGACCUCUAUGUGCUGAUGUCCCUCAGAUACUGAACAUGGGUCAGUGGACUUUUCUCUGCACAAAGUCAAGCACUUUUCUUAAGUCUAGAGGUUGAGUGUGUUCGCGUGCUUUUCCUUGCGUUUUUGUUGUGGUGUUUUAACGAUUCUAAUGAAGAGGAUGGUGAUUCUAUUGCUCUCGACUUUGCUGUUUCCUAGUUGCCUUCUCAGUCUUGGUCCAGUCCUUGUGGAGAUUGUUGAACUGAACUCAAAUGUCAGGCUUUUUUCUCUCUCUCUCUCUCUUUCUUUCUCUUCCUUUUUCCCCAUUAAUGCACUGGUAAGAGUCUACUCAUACAAAGAUACUUUGUAUAAUACUUCUCCUUGGCCAUGAGCUGCAUGUCUCCGCAUACAUUGAAUCCUGCUAUUACUACAGACCUGACCGCUGAAAAUCUCACACCAUUAAAAAUGGAAAGAGCUUCCAGAAUCUGUAUUCCCAGUGACUGUAUUCCUUGCUAGGUGACCAAGUUGUAUCGUUGGAGGGUUUCGCUGCUUUGAUAACUGAUUUGUGUCUUGGAAUAGUUCACUUUGGUCACUGUGUAAAUGCAAUCAGUGUAUUUGGCACCCAGUUAAUAAUCUGAAACGGGUCAUAAUGUUUCACUCAAAAGAAAAUACAUUUCGUGCUAAGAUGUGUGAUAGUAGCUGGUGAAAGACUGCCAUGUCACACUUGACCUUGCUUUGGAUGUCUGGAUCUCAUUAACUUAAGAAUUCUGAUGUCUCUCUCCAUUAUACAGUGUGUAAUACAGUCUAAUGUACUACAUAAUAUACCUAUUUAAUAUAGUAUGUCUAAAAACAUUCAAUGAUUAUUAGACUGUUGUCAGACAAAACUUCUUUUUAAACUGUGUAGUGUUCUCAGUUUGUGAAUGGUGAUGCUGAAAUAUUUGGCUCACUAGCACCAGCGCUAAUAACUGAAAAUGUUAGUAGAUAGCCCUUUGCUAACUGCAAUAAUUCAACUGAAGGCAUAUGUCCAAAACCUCAAAGUGGCUGUCUGAGAGCAUAUUUUAGUACCAUUUUACUGAUUCUGCUUUUUCAGAAUUUUUGCACAAUUCCAAACUUGUCUACUGACAAAAAUAACAUGCUUCUUUAUACAUGGCAUUUAUAUUUCAUCCAAUGUGUUCAUGUCUAAAAGAUGAUAAUUUUCUUGUCUCUGUUUCAUACAGUGCUAUAUUUUCUGGUCUUUUGAAGUAAACUCACACUGAUUUUAUUUUAGUACCAUACAAAACUCAAAAGCACAUCGACUAUUUAAUUAGUGUUUCGCUUCCAUGUAUUUCCCAGAUGUGGCCAGUGGGUGGCACAGUUAGACAGUUCAUUAUGGGUAGUUCUUCAGCUCAUCCAAGAUCAGUUAAGUCUCAUAAUGCCGUAUAAUGGACGAAAGGAUUUCCGCGCUGCAGUUAUCUCCUCGUAAUAAAACUUGUCCUGCUCCUUUAGAGAGUUCUCUCUGGGUCGGGCAUAUUUCAGUGUAAUGCACGUAAUUAUGGAUCAUUUUGCAGCUUUUACCAACCAUAAUAUCUGCUCAGACAUCUUGUUACUAUCCUAUUAAGUCUCAGAGGAAGAUUGUGUACGUUUGUGUGUUUGCGUGUGUUUUGUGAGAGAGAGGUUUUAGGGAAUGUCCUGAUGCAAAAGCUACAAACAAGAAUAUAUCAGUGAAAUACCAGCUGAAUGGUUUUUAUUUCUUGCACCAUUAAAUGAAACUAAGUUCCAUUUAGUUCAUUUAUUUAAAAAAUGGAAUGCUUAUGUAACUGAGCAUUGGACUUAAACAAGACUGCAGACCUUUUUUUUUUGUUUGUUUGUUUUUUUGGUAUUAAAAAUGACAAUGAAAAUGGUUGUACAAAUACGUUCAAGUUAUUUUUGUAAACCAAAAUGAGUUUUACAGUAUUUUUAAAGAAAAGAAUGUAUAAAUGGCAAGACACUAAACUUGAGAGGAAAGUGAAGAAGCUGCACAGUCAUCUGAGUUUGUAGUCGAGUCAGUAUUCAUUGGAUGUGUACAUUUUGGCUGACUACCAAGAGCCUCUUCAACAUUCUGAUUUCUUGUAAACACACUAAUUCCUUCCUUAAUGACCUGACAAAAUGCUAUGAUUUUAAAAUCUAUAUUUAUAGUAAGACUUUUCAGAGGUUUCCUUUUUGGAAUGUUUAUUUCUGAAACUAUUUUGUUGUUUAUUAAGAGUCUGGUCGUCCAGCAGACCUGCCUUUAUAAUUUCCAUUCAUUUUGAGUUUCUGUUUUGAACCUUUACAGGCUACCUUCUUAAAUAUUUUGAGCUCAUGUUUUAAAAAUGAUUGGGGACUACACCUCCUAUCGGAUAAGGGUGGACUUAAUUUUUGUUAUGUAAUGAAUUUGCUAUUUUUAUAUUAUACAUGUUCAUGGAUGUAACGGAAUCAGUCAUCAGCAUCUACUCAGCAUGAGGCUGAAACUCUUGCAUGUAUAGUACACAUCACAGAUGCAGUUCUUUCAUCCAAAAUUGUGCGAUACUUCUGGUUAAUUGAGCAAUUCAUUUUAGUUUAUCUUUCUUUUCUUUCUCAGAUUUUUUUUUUUUACUGAGAGGCAAGCCCAGGCUGUGUGGAAGUGUUAUCUAAAUGGAAAGAACAUCUGGUUUUGUGUUGGUUUAAUUUUUUUUCUUUUUGCACCAUUUGAAUAAAAUUUCCAUUGUAUUUAAACACGA